GUGACGGGGGCCCGUCCAUUCCUAGGGUUUGUACAGCUUCCGGUCGGCGCGAGUGAGGAGACGCGGAAGGGCGAUGGGCGUGUUCACCUUCGUGUGCCGCAGCUCCGGCGGCGAGUGGAGCGCGAAGCAGCUCUCCGGCGACCUGGAGGCGUCGGCCGCUUCGACUUUCGACCUCCAGCGGCUGCUCGUCCAGGAGGCGCUCGCGGUUGACUCCACUGGCGGCGUCCAGUCUUCUUUCUCCAUGGUCUCCCCCUCUUCGGCCGUCUUCCAGGUGAUAAUUGGGGGAGGUGGUGGUGGAGCAUUUAUCGGAGCUGGUGCUCCAGGUGGCGCAGCUGCAGGAUCUGGUGGCGGUGCUGCUGCUCCAGAUGCACCUCCCACUCCCGAGGAAAAGAAGGAAGAGAAAGAGGAGAGCGAUGAUGAUAUGGGGUUCUCCCUCUUUGAUUAGUUUACCAGUUUGGAUGGUGUGCUAUUUUUGAUCUUUCGAAAAAUUCUUGAUUGCUACCUUAGAAAAUUAAUGAGCGAUGUUAUGCUUUGAUUUAUCAAUUUCAGUCAAUAAUAAAAUUUUGAACUGUCGUAGUAUUGAUUUAUUA